UGUCUCUCUCUUCUCCAAUCAGGUGCCUCGUCUAUCAGAUUAUCCCCCAUCUAGAAGCUUUUCGUGGUGCCUCUGCUUCUCUCUACUCUCUUCCUUUUCUGGGUUUUGUUUAUUUGACUCUCUUUCUCUUAAUCUCCUUCUUCUUUCAAUGCGUUUUCUUCCCACAACUCUUUCUCUAAUUCUGUAAGAUUCUGUCUGUGUACAGAUGCGUCGUUCUGCUUCCGCAUCGAAGAAGAAAUCAGGCCAAUCGAACGUUGAUUCAAUCACAUCUUCCACCACGGAUCUCUUUCGCUCAGCUUCGAGUAAGGCGACGACUAAAGAGAUGGAUCGAAUAGAUCACUUGUUUAAUCAGUAUGCCAAUAAAUCUUCCAAUCUGAUUGACCCUGAAGGAAUAGAGGAACUAUGCUCCAAUUUGGAAGUGUCUCAUACUGAUAUCAGAAUCUUGAUGCUUGCUUGGAAAAUGAAAGCUGAGAAACAAGGUUACUUUACAAAUGAGGAGUGGAGAAGAGGCCUGAAGGCUUUAAGAGCUGAUACAAUCAAUAAAUUGAAGAAAGCCCUUCCCGAGCUCGAGAAAGAGGUCCGGAGGCAAUCAAAUUUUGCUGAUUUCUAUGCUUAUGCCUUCCGCUAUUGCUUAACCGAGGAAAAGCAGAAGAGCAUAGACAUAGAGACUAUAUGCCAACUCCUAGAUAUUGUCAUGGGAUCUACAUUCCGAGCCCAAGUUGACUACUUUGUCGAGUAUUUAAAGAUCCAAAAUGACUACAAAGUCAUAAAUAUGGAUCAAUGGAUGGGCUUUUACCGGUUCUGCAAUGAGAUAAGUUUCCCGGAAAUGACGGAGUACAAUCCUGAGCUUGCAUGGCCAUUGGUUCUCGACAAUUUUGUUGAGUGGAUUCGCGAAAAACAAGCCUGAAAAAGCUUAACGUCGUUAAAAGUCCCCUCAAUUUCUCAGCUUCAAAGCGUCAAAGCUUUUACUUGAGAUCAUUCGUCGGGCUCAACGAAAAAAAUCAGCACAAUUUUAUUUCACUUUUUCAUCCUUCAAACAUUUAAAAAAGGACACAUUAUAUGAUUCUUGUUACAUGUGAUUAACUUUCGAUAGAGGGAACACAUUAUUGUAUGUUUAAUUACAUCAAGUUCUAUUGGUACCAAUUUACAAUUUGUUCUGAAA